AUGGACAAACGAGGCAAUGAAGUGACGGAAUGUGAACAUGAAACAAUAACAAUAAAUAUGAUGAAAAUGAAAUUUAUGUUCAUCUGUGAUCAAGACAUGAAUGGAAUAUCUUAUGAGAUAUUUAAAUAUAAAAGAUCAUUCAUUGACAGCACAAGCAAGAAACGAUUAAAGCCCCUUGCUUGUCUUCCACUAACAUUAAGACUUGGUGAAUGA